AUAUAUAAGUACUGUGGCUAGUGAUGCUGUGCUCCUAUUUUAUCGAAUACAAGCAAGUAACGAGGAUCUCGCGUUCUUUCGUCUUUCGAAUCCUGGAAAGGUCGGUUUUUUCGUCGUGAAGUGAAAUAAGCUCUUGAUUGAGUUGAUGUGCGGCAAGUUUGAUAAAGGGAACAAGUGAAUUUGAAUCUAUGAUAUAUUUUGAAUUUUGAAAAGUUUGACUGAAGUGAGUUGAAGAACAUUGUAUGAUCGGAUGUGUUCAGUAGAAACGUGCUGAAUUGCAAUGAAUUAAAACCGAUGGGGAAUUGAGAUAGUGCCUGUGAAAAGUGAAUAAUCACACAUAACUAAUGUUUGAUGCGAUUUGAUUGUUCAUACAUUACACUUUACUUAAGUUGUGCGUGUGGAUAAUUAUUGAUCAAUCAAAAUAAAGCGAAGAACAACAAAAAUUCUGACGUAGAGGAACUAUUGACUCCGUAAAAUAGUCAUUUAGGGGUGCUAGAAAAUGCUUGUCUAGAUGAACAGCUAAGCAUAUAGAGCGUAGCGAUUUGAAUCAUUUGCUGAAAAUAGUUGCUGGCCAAGAUGACGACAACUCCCGUGCUGCCGCUGAAUGCUGGACGAAAAAGGAUUGUCAGAUUAGGAUUCAUCGGAAUGCUAUUCAUCGUACUGGGCUGCGUCAUAGUGGUGCUUAACCCAACCGAUCUGGUCGUGAACAACAUGCUGAGUAUGAAUGAAGGUUCAUACUUGUAUAGGCUAUGGAAGAAACCACCGCUGGAAGUGUUCAUUAGCAUUUACGCGUUCAAUGUGACUAACGUCGAUGCAUUUAUGCGCGGUACUGAGAAAAUGAAGGUGGAAGAACUUGGACCGUACGUGUAUCAGGAGUUCUUGGAAAACCAUAAUUCAACUUUCAACGCAAACGGAACACUGAGUUUUACUCCUACUCGUCGGCAAGUAUUUGUACCUGAUCGGUCGAUUGGAGAUCCCAAACAUGAUCUGAUAAUCGUCCCAAAUAUCGCAUAUCUUGGUGUAGCCAGUGCAGCCUAUCGUAUGUCUGCCUGGGCUUCUAUUGCUGUUGCUGCCGCUUUGAAACCCCUAGGAAUGAGUCCAUUUCUCAACAUCACUGUUCAUGAUCUUCUCUGGGGAUAUGAAGAUCCAUUAGUUCAAGUGGCCUCUACUCUUCUUCCGAACAUCAUUCAUUUCAAGAAGAUUGGUAUUCUCGAUCGUAUGUUCGACGACGGCUUGGAUACUGUUACCAUCAACCUACCGGAAGCGAUUCAAAAGUUGCACAAAACCAAAAUUGUAGCGGACGUUUCCCAAGAAGAGAUAGACUCCGUAGAGGGCGAUUACUUCGAGGGCGAUGCAUUGCAACUGGCUGCCGAAGAGGAAGCCGAAGAAACGGACGAUCCCAUUCGGAACUACUCGAUCGAUCUGUGGAACGGCUCACCGGGGCUUGCACACUGGGGUUACGUGGGGAAAGAUCAUUGGGAUGCGGAGAGACGUAACACUCCAUGCAACACACUACAGGGAUCCUACGAUGGAACGGUAUUUCCUCGGAACAUAUCUAAAACAGAAAUUUUCAAGGUCUACCGGAAGGCGUUUUGCCGAACGUUGCCAAUAGCAUUCGAACGGGAAGGUAUGCACGACGGUAUCAAGGCUUACUGGUUCUCAAUUCAGGAGAAUGCAUUUGAGAGUUCACUGGAAGAUCCAUAUACGGCGUGUUACUGCCGCAACGGUCAUUGUUUGCCGAAAGGUUUGGGGGAUCUGAGCCCCUGUUGGUAUAAUAUUCCAGUAGCUGUAUCGUUGCCUCAUUUCUACAAGGGAGAUCCAGCGUUAUCGGAAGCUAUCGAUGGUUUGAAGCCCGAAAAGGAGCUUCACGACGCAAUUAUUAUUAUGCAACCUCAACUAGGAAUACCUAUGACGGCAAGCAUCAGAGUACAGAUUAAUCUGUUAACAAACGUUAAAUUUAUAUCGGAUUUGAAACCUCUGGACAAAAAGGUGAUCCCAUUACUGUGGGCACAAGUGGAGGUGGAAAAACUUACGCCGGAAAUCGUGAUGCUGCUACACCUGCUGUUCGACGUUGCACCGUACCUGCAGACGGGGUGUGUGUACCUGCUGUCGCUGUUGGGAGUUUCGCUACUCGCCACCACGGCGCUGAUGCUGCUCUAUACUCGCCACGCAACGCUCGAGUACGACCCUCGCAAAUCGAUCCGAUACUCAACCGUCAGCAUGAUACCGUUCCCACUGCGGAAGGAGCUGGAGAAGUACGGCGAAGGUGAAAUCCGACGAGAGGCGUUGCUGAUCGAAAAUGAGCCGUAAUGCAGAGUUGUUCCGCGCCGCAUUGAUUGGGGAUGAUUUUUCUCGUGCCUCUAUGGGACGAGUGGGAUCGACAUCGUUAAUUAUUCUUAUAGAAUACACCAAACAUUGUGAUAUUUGCAUCUAUGAUAAGGCGAUGGUUCGAUAUUAGUUAUAUUGUCUAUUGUAUUAUAGAAAACGUACACGAGGAAUGAGUGCGAGCAUAUAUGGGGUAUGAUAGGUUAAAAUCCAUGAACUGAACAUUUAGGCUAUAAAACGCUGUGAUGCUAAUUAUUCUUCAUCAAUGACAUUGCUUUUCCUUUAACAGUUUUAACAACGGGUUUCAGAAAACAGGAUUAUAAUCGGAGAAUUUCUUUCAGUAACAAAGGGAAUGUAAGAACUCGAAGCGAGAUCAAUGCGAAUGAUUUUUGUAUCCAAUGUGCUGUACUGAACAAUGGCUUCGAAAUAAAUGACUCUUGCAAAUGGUUUG